UAAAAUGGACUGCUGGAUAACGACGUCGCAAUUGCAUAAAUCGGCAUAUUAUCUUGUUUACAUUCACUCGAUCUAAAAUGGCUCUGAUGGGAAUACAAGACUUCAAUAGAAGUGGAUUAACGAUGGAGAACAAAAAGGCAUGGUACACAGGCCAGAGAGCCUCAAAAAUUCCCCGGGGAUUGGUAAAAGUCGUCGGUGAAGAUUGUUUGAGUUUAGACUUGUCAUAUAACGAAUUGACAUCACUCUCCGCAUUGAUAAAUUACAAUCACCUCCAGGAAUUAAUUUUGGACAACAAUGACCUCCAUGACUUGAAAACUCUGCCACAUAUGCCGAAUCUUCAUACUUUAAGUCUAAAUAAUAAUAAGAUUGAUGACAUCGAUUUAGCAAUAGACAGAAUAAAAGAAUGCUGUCCCAGCGUGAUGUACCUGAGUUUGCUCGGGAAUCCAGGUUACCCAGAUCAACUUACAGAUCCAAUGGACAACGAUGAAGCUGACUACAACCGAUACAGACUCUACGUAAUUCAUAUUUUACCUGGUUCCCUGCGUUUUCUCGAUUCUCGACCAGUGACGAGCAUUGAAAAGCGAGAUGCUCUAACUCGUGGCAAAUUUCUCCGCACAAUUAAAUUUUCCACGCAAACGACAACGAAUACUCCAGGUGAUUUGGAAUUUGAUGAUCUCGUGGAUUUGAACUGCUCCCCAUUACCAAAGGCUAAUCGCAGUCCGUUGGACCAUAAAGCUGCAUUUGGAAAAUGUCGUUACCGUUACUCUGGAAAAAAUUCCGAGGGAAACAGAUAUAUCAUGAACAACGAUCUUUAAUAAUUCCAACAGUUUGACUGAUCUGAUACUUUACGAUAUUAUUACAACAAAAUAUUAUUUCUACGUGAGUCUUGAAUGGAAAUAACGUGUAGGUAUAAAAGUUCGUUUUAUUCAUAUUCCAGUUACACUGGUAAAUGCAUUAGAUAUCAACAAGGCCAUUCCAAUGAUUACUCCGCCUAAUUGACCUGAUGAAAUUUCAUACAGAAAGUAUUUUUUUCACACGAGAAAAAUUGAUUGGUAACAAUUGAUACAUUGCUCAUACGUACAAAGUCCAUUUAUCAAAUUUGCAUGUAAAUAUCCUGAGAUAAUUGGUCCAAUUUUUAGCACAACGAUUUCUUACAAAUAAAUGUAUAAUUUCUUAUCAUUACUGGAAUUGGUAGUUAUGCAUAGGCAGUAGUUUGCAAACUAACCCUGUCUUGCCUUAAGUACAUACAAAUUUUUCAUUUUCAAUAACUCCUAACGGCUCUCAAAGGGAGCAAAUUGUUCUAAUUAAAACAUCACACUACAAGUCAUGCAUUGCAAUCACAAUUUAUGGAAUUUUAAGUUUAUAUCUAAUCGAAGUUUCUUUGUGAUUCAAUAACAGUUUUCAAUGUAUAUCAUUUUUAUAUGGAACGCAUAUUGAGUAUAAAUAUAUUAUCUAUUUAUAAGUACACAAA